AUGGCCGCGGGCCUGGAACAGAGGCUGGGCAGCCUCGCCGUCUUCACCCGCGACGACUUCGAGGGCGACUGGCGCCGGGUGGCCAACGGCGGCUUCGGCCAGGUGUGGGUGCGGCCCAAGCGCUGGAGGACCGAGUACGCCGUCAAGGUCCACCCCCCCCCCGCCCCGCCUCCAGUCGGAGGCCGCCAGAUUUCAGAUUUCGGCCCGUCCAAGUGGAUGGAACAGUCAACCCGGAUGCAGUACAUUGACAGGUCAGCUCUGCGGGGCCCCCUCAGCUACAUCCCCCCUGAGAUGUUCUUGGAAAGUAACAAGGCCCCAGGGCCCAAGUACGACAUGUACAGCUUCGGCAUCGUCAUCUGGGAGCUCCUCACUCAGAAGAAACCGUAUUCAGGCUUCAACAUGGUGACUAUUGUUGCCCGAGUGGCCGCAGGCAUGCGGCCCUCCCCGCAGCCUGUCUCGGACGAGUGGUGUGGCGAGAAGGCCCAGCAGAUGGUGAACCUGAUGAGGCGCUGUUGGGAUCAGGACCCCAAGAAGAGGCCCUGCUUUCCAGACGUCACAGUCGAGACAGACAUGCUGCUAUCCCCUCAGAGUCCCGUGGCAGACCCAGACAGUGAGGCUCUGGCCGGGAAGGUGUCCUGCAAGCUGUCUCUGCACCGGCCUCGGGAGGUCAGAGGUCCUUUUUCCAACCCCAUCUCCCUCCCAGCAGACUCGGGGGACUACUUGAAGGGGGUCCUGCAGCUCUUGGACAGCGAGACCCCAGUCCCGAGCCACAAGGAGCUGCGCAUCUAUGAGAACCAAGUCACGCCCCUCCACUUCCUGGUGGUGCAGGGCAGCGUGGAGCCGGUGAGGCUGCUGCUGGCCCUCGAGGUCGAUGUGGCCUGCCAGACCGCCUGCGGCUACACGCUGCCCCUCAUCGCCGCCCAGGACCAGCAGCCUGACCUCUGCGCCCUGCUCCUGGGGCACGGGGCGGACACCAACCUGGCAGACGAGGACGGCUGGGCCCCGCUGCACUUCGCAGCCCAGAACGGGGAUGACCUCCCCGCCCGCCUGCUCCUGGAGCACGGGGCCCACGCGGAUGCCCGGGAGCACGAGGGGUGGACCCUGCUCCACCUGGCUGCACAGAACAACUUUGAGAAUGUGGUAUGGCUUCUGGUCUCCCGCCAAGCUGACCCCAACCUGCAUGAGGCCGACGGCAAGACCCCUCUGCACGUGGCUACCUACUUUGGCCACGUCAGCCUGGUCAAGCUGCUGACGGGCCAGGGGGCUGAGUUGGAUGCUCAGCAGAGAAACCUGAGGAUGCCUCUGCACCUGGUGGUGGAGCGAGGCAAAGUGAGGGCCAUCCAACACGUGUUGAAGAGCGGGGCGGCUCCCGAUGCCCUUGACCAGAGUGGCUACAGCCCACUGCACACGGCAGCCGCCAGGGGAAAGUGCCUGAUCUGCAAGAUGCUGCUCACGUACGGGGCCAGCCUCGAGCUGCCGACCCAGCAGGGCUGGACCCUACAUCUCGCGGCCUACACGGGCCACUUGGAGGUCAUCCACCUGCUGGCGGAGAGCCGUGCAGACUUGGGGGCUCCUGGAGGCAUGAAGUGGACGCCCCUGCACCUCGCCACCUGCCAUGGGGAGGAGGCUGUGGAGUUAGCUGACCCCAGUACUGCCGAGCGGUCGGGCUGGACGCCCCUCCACCUGGCCAUCCAGAGGGGCGCCUUCCUGGGUGUCGUCAAUCUCCUGGAGCACCAUGCAGACAUCCAUGCCCACAACAGGGUGGGCUGGACGCCCGCCCACCUGGCCGCCCUCAAGGGCAGCAUGGCCAUCCUCCAAGUGCUGAUCAAAGCUGGUGCCCAGCUGGACAUCCAGGAGGGGGUGGGCUGCACACCCCUGCAGCUGGCCCUCCGGAGCCAAAAGCAGAACAUGAUCGCCUUCCUAGAGGGCAAGGAGCCCUCCUCGCUGGCCCUGCUGGGGGAUGCCGAGCCUGGAGCCCAGAUGAAAUGUCUCAGGAAGGAGCCAGGGGCCGAGCCUUCCUGCCCUCACCAGUUCCUGGCCAAGGCAUGCCACGUCAUUGUCGUCACCUACGUGGCUGGUGUCCCCACACCCGGCCAGGCUCUGCCGCAGGGAAUGUGA